CGUCUGACUGUGCUGCUUAAUUUGUAGUAAUGAUUUUGUGACACUUAAUAUUAUGUAGCAACAUGUCAAUUGUUAAAUAUAUUUUCAGAAAAAAGGCCUAUAAAUAGUUUAAUUUUAUAGCACAUGAGAGAAUGGGAAAAAUACUAUCCAAGAUAUUUGGUAACAAGGAAAUGAGAAUAUUAAUGUUGGGUUUAGAUGCAGCUGGCAAAACUACAGUUUUAUACAAGCUGAAACUUGGGCAAUCUGUCACAACUAUACCAACUGUUGGAUUUAAUGUUGAAACAGUUACUUAUAAAAAUGUUAAAUUCAAUGUAUGGGAUGUUGGUGGACAAGAUAAAAUCCGUCCACUUUGGAGGCAUUACUAUGCUGGCACACAAGGCCUAAUUUUUGUAGUUGAUUGUGCUGACAGAAUUGAAGAAUCAAAGCAAGAACUGCACAAAAUAAUUAAUGAUAGAGAGAUGAGAGAUGCAGUUGUUCUUGUUUUUGCAAAUAAACAAGAUUUACCCAAUGCAAUGAAGCCUCAUGAGGUACAAGAAAAAUUAGGCCUCACAAGAAUACGUGAUCGUGUGUGGUAUGUACAGCCGUCUUGUGCUACAACUGGCGAUGGUCUAUACGAGGGUCUUAUGUGGCUUACUGCAAAUAAUAAAUCUUGAAGAAAUUAUUACUAAAUAUUAUGAACCAAAUAAAUUGUUUCCUUUGUUGUAUGAAUAUCUAAAUUAGUCUUCCUUUAAUAAGCCUAUUUAUAGAGAAAGAGAUGCUAUGUUUACAAUCUCCUUUCCUGCUCUGGAAAUUCUCUGAGUGUGUGUAAUUUAUAAUGGGCUUUUAAGAGUUUCCAUGGAGUUGUUAAGUUUUGAAUAUUAGCUGUUCAUAAGAAAUGUAAAAUUUUUUGGCAUAAAUAGUUUUUUAAGUCAAUCAAAUUUAUCUGAAUUUUUAUUGAUAUUUGACAGUCGCAACGCUUUUAAAACAUUCCAUUGUAAUUUGUUAUUUAUAUUAAAGGGUUAGUAAGUAUGGUAUGUAAUACUUACAGUGCUGUGAUUCUCCAUAAAUAGGCUUAGAUAUUCUAAUGCAUUUAUAAUAUAUUUAUUGAUAAAAAUGCUUUAUCCUGUUGUUUGUUGCAAAUGAAAAUGUAUCUGAUUGUUUUAUUGUGCUAAAAGUGCAUCAGAAUUUAAAUCUGCACCUUUAUGUUCAUAUCAUGCAUGGAUAAUAUAGGUAUUCCAUAUGUACAGUGUUUGCUUGGUAACAGAAUUUUCUGUGCCCUUUGAAUAAUAUUGUUUAUUUAUGUAUUUAUUAGUUUUUUAGUAUCUUUCCUUUCCUUAUUAGCUAGUUGAAUGAAUAAAUUAUUCAAUUUACCGAUACAUUUGUAUUAACUAAUUAUUGCAGUAUUUUAAGUCUCAUAAAAAAAAAGAUUGAAGCAAUGCACAAAGGUAGUUGCAAAUAUUUAUAAUACUUAGCUUUUAUACAAAACUAAAAUAUUCCAUUAUAGUUUCAUAAAAAAAUUGAAAUCUAAGACUUACUAAUAUUUAAAUUAUUUCUGAAACUCCAAUUAGCUUUAAAACUAUGUUCUUUUUUCUUCCCCUUUCCCUGAAAGUAAUUGUUUCACAUUUUCAUUUCUGGAGUUGGUCAAGUAUGAUUGGUGAUUCUUUGUGCAGCUAGAUUUCAUAUUUAUACACACACACAUAUGUAAGUGCAAAUUAGUUUAUGAAAAAUUGUUGAAGGAUAAUAUUUUUCUUAAAAUCAUUGAUUUAUGCUAAUAUAACAUUUUUAAAAGUGCCAAAACUUCUUCCAGGUUUUUUUUCUUUACGGAAGCCAUAUUCAAAGCUAUAUAGUUUUUAUAUAUAUAUUAUUCUGUGAUAUAAUAUUCUUUUUUAAUGUGCAUAUUAUCAUCUAUAUUUGUGUUUCUGUUUUCAUUAUUGCAUAUGAAAAAAAUUAAAUUUUGUUCAUUUUCUAAAGAAUGAGCUAGAUGCUUUGUUGUUCUAAAAGUUUGUUUUUCGUGUUGUAGUAAAUUUAUCUUUUUUUCUAUAAAACUGAUUGAUCAUCCAGAAUAAUUCCCAACCUAUUUGUUAUUCAGAAUAUUUUUCUCAUUAAGUAUUUUAUGGUCCUAAAUGUUUAUGAAGCAUGUUUAUAUUUUUAACAAAAUAUAUUUAAGAAUGUGCAACAUCUUGUUGUGCCAUAAUAUAUAUAUUGAUAAUUAUUUAACACAUUGACUGUGAAGUGUGAGAUAAAUCGUAGCAGCAUUUUGGCUUUGGAUGGCCAUUAUGAAUAUUCAUAUUUGUCUGUCAAUUUAUAUUGCGAACUGCGAAUGUUUUAUAGCAAGUAUGUGUUAAUUAUAUAUAUCGGGCACCUGGGAUAAGAAUAGUGAACAUGUAUUGGAGAGGGAAAAAACUAAAUUCAUUUAUUCAUAAAAAUAAUGCAAAAUCAACCUUUUUUUACAAAAAUUGCUUUAUUAUUUUGUAGGAGUAAAUUUUAAAAAUGCAUAUAAUUUCCAUCGAUAUCUGAAUUGCCCACCAAAAAAAAAAAAAAACUUGCUCACUGAAUCACUUCCCUUUCUUCUAAAUACUUUUCGGUUACUUUCUUUUAAAGCAAUAUAAUUAUUCUGAUGAUGCCCUGAUUCCUUCAUAAAAUACUUAAAACUAAAUGAUGUUCUGUCACAUGCAGCAAUAUCUAAUAUUCUGAGUAUGUAAGACCAAAGCACAUUCCUGAGUGAUGGGUGGAAGGAUGGUACAAUAUAACUUAUAUUGCAUGCCUGGGGUCAGAGCCUGUGUAUGCCUUACGGCUGUGAGCAUGUCAAAAAUAAAUUUAGUAUUUAACUGUUUUUUAGCUGUGUAUCUUUUUAAAAAAUUUUUUCUGUAUAUUAAAUAUAUCUCUAUCAGCCCCCCCUCCAAUUGUGUUAAACAGCUGUUUAAAUCAAAACAAAGAAUACUGAAAUAGAAAAGCACGCAAGACUGGGUAUGUUGAUAAUUAAACAAGUUCUACUUUAUUGAAUUUGAAAAAAGUUUAAUAUUAAAAGACUUGUAUAAAUGUUGUUUCCAUGUUCUAGCACAUUAGUUCUUUUCAUUCAAAUUUUAAUGAAUUAAACUAAUUUUUAUUUCACAAGUAAACUAUUAUAGUGCUGUCAGUUUAUCGACCAUUGAUUGAAAUGCUUUAUGAUUUCAAAUUAAUUAGUUCAGUUAUUAAUGGUUAUCCAUUUGUAUUUUCAUUCUUUAUGCUCAAAAAUCCACUUAAAGAAACAAUGUUUAAAUGAAAUAAAUUAAGGAAAAAAUAAUGUGUUGCUCUCUAAAGGAGAGAAGAAAAUACUGUGUUUAAAUUGAACGGUUUAAAAAAUGAAUGUUAUUGAUUCUCGAAUAAAAAAGGUAAUGUUUUACUUUGCGGUCUUGCUAAUGACGAAGUCCUUAUGUUCUGAAUCAUCCACAUAGUUUUUCUCUGUUUUAUAUAUGUCAUGUAUAAGAUAUAUUUAUUUGAUUUCUGUAAAGCAUUGUUUCUUUUGGGUGUACUUAUCUACUAUUUAUGAUGUAAUUGACUAUGUCCAGGAUCCCGAUUUUUAAAUAAAGGGAAAAGCAUGAUUUAGAUUACAUUGUAUUUUGUAAAACAGCUUUAAAAUUGAACAGUAUUAUCAUGCCUAUAAAUAUACAGUGCUUUUUAUAAACCAUUUUCUACUUAAUUUUUUGGCCAAAAGCAAUCAUAAAUAUUUUCUCAUCUGUAAGUUCAGUUGUACUCUGCAUGUGAAACUGAAGUAUAUUGUUUCUAGCUUGUUGAGAAAAUUUAUUUUAUCUUACAAAUAAAUCUAAAUUAUAGUGUUAUUUAUUUCAAAUAUGAUCAAAGGAAAUGAAAUGGUAUUGUAUUGAGAAUAGUUCUGCAAACCAAUUAAAUAAAACUUUUUAUUCUAUGCUUCAGAGUAAAAAAAAAAUUAUAUGUAUAGUUUUUUUUUUAAUCCUCUAUAAAAAGUUGAGGAAAUUACGUCGAUAUUAAUUGUUAUAUAAUUAGUUAUUUAUUAAAUUUGUAAUCAUAAAAUAGUAAUUUAUGAUUAAGUUUCUAAGUAUGGUGCAUAUUUUAUGACUUUUAAACAGAAUUAAAACAAUUUUGAAUUAAUCUCCAGUGUAUAAUUAAAAAUACAUGUAGAGAAAUUGAAAAAGCUUAAAAGUAGAAAAGAUAUAGUAUUAUAAAAAAUUGCAUUGAAUAUUUUUUCUUUUUUAAAGAAUAAAAAAUUGCGAUAGAUCCAGUUAUUUUAUUUUUCAUAGUUUAGAGCUGUCUAAGAAAAUUGACACAAAAUAGUGUUUCAUAUUUAGAUCGUCUUUGAAAAUAUUUAAUAAAUUUAAGAGAUUUUUAAGUAGUUCUUAAUUAUGAGUUUCAGAACUUUUAGUUUUUUCUUUUAUUUAUUAUAUUUGUUUAAAAGUUAAGUUUUCUUUAACUUUCAAUUUUUCAGCUCUUGUGAAUAUUUUUAAUAAUCUUCUACUGUUUCAAUAGAUGUUUCUUCGACUAUUCUUGAAUAUUAUCAUUUAUAUAACAGAAAAAUGACAUAAGUUGAUGGGUGUGGUUUUUAAAGUGCAACUUUUAGUUAUAUUUUUGGGAGAUGAUGAAUAUGUGAGAGAUCUUUUUUGUCAUGCAUUAUGUGGAGGCGAAAUUCAGUUCAUUUAGCACUUUUUAUAUAUAAACAAUUAUUAUUUAUUUUAUAACCUUAAUUCCUUAUUUUCAUUGCAGUAGUCUAAAAUUUUAUAUAUAUAACAUUUAUAUUUUUAAAUUGAAAAUUAAAAUUAUCAUUUUAUGUAACAUUGAGAAAUAAUAUAAAAAUAAGUUGAAAAGCUUUUUAAAAUUUGACUAUUUAAAAAUAAAACUUUUUUGGGGAGCUUAAAUUGCAGCAGAAUGCCUGCCAGCAUUCAUUGAAAUUUUUGUGAUUAGUUUUUGGGAAUAAUUGGCAUCUAAAGUUUAGAGUUAUAAUAUAUUUGUUCUUGUUGCUGUGUGAUUUUAAUAUGUAAUAUAUUAUAAAUGUAAAAUUGACAGUAGGAAUUCUGCAGUAAUGCAUGUAUAUGGGAAGAAAAUCUCAAAAGUAUAUUUUCCUUAAAAUCGAAAAACAGGGAGCUUUAACUGUUUGGAAUUCUCUUCCCAAGUGUCAGUUUGUUAAGUCAGGUUUUAUUAAAACCUUUAUGCUCAGAGAAAUCUUUAAUAUGUAUUUCUGUAGCUUACCAAUAAAGUAUUUGGUUCUCA